GCGCUUCCUUUUCCAGCAGCGCCUGCGAUCAUGGCGGACGUGGUUGCGGAGCAGGUUGCGGAGCAGAUACCAGUCCCGGACCGGGAGCUGAACGGGGAGGCGGAGGACAGAGAAGAGGCAGACCCCGUGGAGACAGAGACAGCGAAAAAGAAGAAGAAAAAGAAGAAGAAGAACAAGUCCGCAGCGGCAGGCACUGAGGCGGAGGCCGACGGAGUGACCGAAGUGGCCAAACAGCUGGAGAAACAGGCGAUAGAAGAGAAGGAGAAAGAGGAGGAUGGAGAGGAAGACGGAGACGAUGGAGAGAACUCUGCAGGGAAGAAGAAGAAGAAGAAAAAGAAGAAGAAAGGACCCAAAUCUCAAACCGAUCCCCCGUCUGUUCCCAUCUGUGAGUUAUACCCAAGUGGAGUGUUUCCCAUCGGACAAGAGUGUGAAUACCCCACCGUACAGGACGGCCGCAGCGCAGUGUGGCGUACGACAAUCGAGGAGAGGCGGGUGAUGGAUAAAGCCAACGAGGAGGUGUGGAGCGACUUCAGACAGGCAGCCGAGGCCCACAGACAAGUCCGCCAGCACGUCCGCGGCUUCAUGAAACCCGGCAUGACCAUGAUUGAAAUCUGCGAGCGGUUGGAGGACUGCUCUCGUAAGCUGAUCAAGGAGAACAAGCUGAACGCCGGCCUGGCCUUCCCCACCGGCUGCUCCCUCAACCACUGCGCUGCCCACUACACUCCCAACGCCGGAGACACCACCGUCCUGCAGUACGACGACGUCUGCAAGAUCGACUUCGGCACGCACAUCAACGGGCGAAUCAUUGACUGUGCCUUCACCGUCACAUUUAAUCCAAAGUACGACAAGCUGCUGGAGGCUGUGAGAGACGCCACCAAUACUGGAAUCAAAAACGCCGGCAUCGAUGUGCGUCUGUGUGAUGUCGGAGAAGCGAUUCAAGAAGUGAUGGAGUCCUAUGAGGUCGAGCUCGACGGCAAAACAUAUCAAGUGAAGCCGAUCCGAAACCUGAACGGUCAUUCAAUCGGUCAGUACAGAAUACACGCAGGAAAGACUGUGCCCAUCGUUAAAGGGGGAGAAGCAACGAGGAUGGAGGAGGGAGAGGUGUAUGCCAUCGAGACGUUCGGCAGCACAGGUAAAGGUGUGGUGCACGAUGACAUGGAGUGCUCUCACUACAUGAAGAACUUUGACAUCGGCCACGUCCCCAUCAGGCUUCCCAGAGCGAAACACCUCCUGAACGUCGUCAACGAGAACUUCGGCACGUUGGCGUUCUGCCGCCGCUGGCUGGACCGCCUGGGCGAGAGCAAGUACCUGAUGGCCCUGAAGAACCUGUGCGACUUGGGCAUCGUGGACCCCUACCCGCCCCUCUGCGACACCAAGGGCUGCUACACGGCUCAGUUCGAGCACACCAUCCUGCUCAGGCCCACCUGCAAGGAGGUGGUGAGCCGGGGAGACGACUACUGACAACCCCACAGCACCACAACGCCCCCCCCCCCCCUUCACCUCCACACAGCACCUCCAAGACCCUGUUAGCAACUCCUUCUUCUUCAGAGAAACAAAAAAAAAUAA